AUGGUCUCGAAUCGCAAUAGACGCUCCCUAAGAACUACGCUUCUUUUCCUGAUUUUCACAUAUCUUUUUCUAGUUUUCUUCCCACUCAGUCGCCUUCAUGCAUCCAACCGAAAGAACCGUCAACCAGUCCCUGUAAAAAGUACUUCAAUCGCGCAGGACACUAUCCACCUGAACGGGAUAACCGAGAGAUAUCCCGUCAGCUCAUACAUCCCUUUACCGGCCUCACCAACUCCACUGCCCCGCAUCCAACAUGACUUUCCACGCGAGUCAAGAAGCGAGCGCAAACAACGCACCAAGAAGCAAGCAGCUGUCAAGCAAGCAUUCAUGCACGCAUGGAACGGGUAUAAAGAGCAUGCAUGGACCCGUGAUGAGGUUUCACCCCAAACUGGUGGGUUUGAGGACUCGUUUAGCGGGUGGGGCGCUACUCUAGUUGAUUCUUUGGAUGCAUUAAUCAUCAUGGGUCUCGACGACGAGCUUGAGGUUGCCUUGAAUGCCUUGGAGGACAUAGAUUUUACCGCCACAGGGAGCAGAUUUGUGAAUGUUUUUGAAAUCAUUAUCCGGUAUAUGGGCGGUUUCUUGUCUGCCUAUGACCUAAGUGAUGGAAAACAUCCAAUCCUCCUGAAGAAAGCGGUAGAGCUCGGCGAGAUGAUAUACAAUGCAUUUGAUACACACAACCGAAUGCCUCAGAUGCGUUGGCAGUGGACGAAAUCAGCUCAGGGUGAAGAAAUUGAGCCAGCUGAGCGCACAAUCUUGGCAGAAAUAGGUUCUCUUAGCAUGGAGUUCACUCGUCUCUCUCAACUGACCAAUGAUCCAAAGUAUUUUGAUGCCGUCCAGCGGAUUACAAAUGAGCUAGAACGAGGCCAAUCGCGUACAAAGUUGCCCGGGCUCUGGCCAACAUUUUUGAAUGCUCAUACUUUGGAUUUUGGUCAAUCCUGGUUUGCAAUGGGCGGUUGUGCCGAUUCCACCUACGAGUACUUGCCGAAGGAACACAUUCUCCUUGGCGGCCAGACGGAUCAGUAUCAGAACAUGUACAAUGCUGCGAUCGAGUCCUUCAAAAAAAAUCUCCUAUUCAGGGCAAUGACACCAGAGGAGGACAAGCUGAUCCUGUUCCCUCUGCAAGGCCGUGUGAAUACAGGUGGGGAUCUGCGGCAUGCUGAGUACCGCCCGGAACAUCUAGCGUGUUUCCUAGGAGGCACAGUCGGCAUUGCUGCGAAGAUUUUUAAUCGCACCGAAGAUCUUGAGAUUGCUCGUGGAUUGACAGAUGGCUGUAUCUGGUCCUAUGAUGUGAUGCCAACAGGGAUCAUGCCGGAAGCCCUGGAAGUGGUUCCAUGCAAGGACAUGGAACAUUGUCCUUGGGAUGAAGGCAAAUGGUACGAGGGCGUGCUCCGCCAACCAAUCCAUUCACAGGAGCACCUUGACAGAGCACGGGCAAAAAUCGAAGCAGAAGGAUAUCCUCCUGGUGUUAUUGAUAUCCAGGAUGCCUCCUACAAGCUUCGACCGGAGGCUCUCGAGUCUAUAUUCAUCAUGUAUCGGAUCACCGGUGAUAAAUCACUUCAGGAUACUGCCUGGCGCAUGUUCCAAAAUAUUGAUAAGGUGACGCGCACCAAAUAUGGCCACUCUGCUAUUGAAGAUGUGCGCAAUCCUAUGCCGGAGCUGAGUAACAAGAUGGAAAGCUUUUGGCUUGCCGAGACGCUCAAAUAUCUUUACCUCAUAUUUUCUAAGCCUGAGCAUAUCAGCUUAGAUGAGUACGUGCUAAAUACGGAGGCCCAUCCAUUCAAGAGACCGUCUGGGUUUGUGAAAGAGGCUAAACCAAGAAUUUCUCUUAUGACUUUUUGA